GUAGACAGUAGUGUAAAGCAGGCAACAGGGUAUUUCGUCGCAUAGGUGAUAGGUGUGAAACAUGCGGGAGGCCCAGAGUCUCCCGCUCGUCCCUGGACGGUCCAACUAACAUGGGACGCCCCGUCACAGCGUCUUCCUCGCUUUUUCCGCCUCUCCUUUUCCUUUCCUCUUUCCUCUUUCCUCUGCUUUGCAUCAAUUUCGCCUUCAAUUCAUCUCUCAUUUCUCCACCUAAACAUUGCCUCGCCGGAUCUUCCUUCUCUAAACCGAGCUCUCGCCUUAUGAUUCCUCUUUUUUCUCUAUCUCCCCUGCAAUGCCGAUAGUUGCGAGUUUUGCGGCUACAUUUUCCGGAUCCCUUGUUCAUUUCGCUGACAGAGGCUCCACGCUUCGAUUCGAUAGCCGUCUCAGUUGGCCUGCCAAUCCGGUCCGUUUCAACUGUCAUUUCCAGAAUGGCGUGCAUUUGCCUCAAUUUGCUCAUGGUCGUUCAAGCAUUGCAGUUAAACACUUAUCUAUCCGUGCAGCAUUGUUGGACGAGACGAUUUCACAUCAAAAUCUCGGGAAAAUGACUUCCGAAACAUUGGCUUUUGAUCUAGUUCAAGGAGCACUUGUAAAGUGGAGUAAUGUAUUGGAUAGAUCACCAGAUCCACCAACAGCAGUCUUUCUGCAUGGAAUUCUAGGCAGCAGAAAGAACUGGGGAACCUUUGCUAGAAGAUUGGCUAAAGAAUUUCCAGCAUGGCAGUUUCUUUUGGUAGAUUUGCGAUGUCAUGGUGAUUCAACCUUAACUACGAAGACAAGCCCUCACACUGUUUCUGCUACUGCUCUUGAUGUAUUGAAGCUGGUCCGACAGUUGAAAAUAACACCUCGAGUUCUAGUUGGGCACAGCUUUGGAGGAAAAGUUGUCUUGAGUAUGGUACAACAGGCUGCUAAACCUCUUGCACGGCCAGUGAGAGUUUGGGUUCUGGAUGCCACUCCUGGAAUAGUUCGACCUGGUGGAGGUGGAGAGGACCAUCCUGAACAAUUAAUAUCUUUCCUAAGUACACUGGGAAAUGAGGUAUCCUCGAAGCAGGAUGUCGUGAAUGCUCUUGUUCAACAUGGAUUUUCUAAGGAUGUAGCACAGUGGGUCGUUACAAACCUUCGACCUAUUGGGCCUCGUGGUUCAUCAUCGUCUGGCUUUUCAUGGGCGUUUGAUCUCAAGGGCAUUGCUGAAAUGUAUCAGUCCUAUGAAGAGACAAAUUUAUGGAAAAUUGUGGAAGAUGUUCCCCGUGGUGUGCAUAUCAAUUUCUUGAAAGCUGAAAGAAGUUUGCACCGUUGGGCACUUGAAGACAUUAGGAGAAUUCAUGCUGCAGAGGAACUGGCUGUUGAAGAGGGAGGUGGGGUUGAAAUGCACGUCCUUGAGGAUGCCGGCCAUUGGGUGCAUGCUGAUAAUCCAGAUGGCCUCUUUAGGAUCUUGUCAUCCUCUUUCAAAGGGAUUAGAACUUGAGGCGAGCAAGGCUUUCUUUCUUUCUUUCUUUUCUGAGACAAGAGCAAGACUUUUUUGACAUCAUACAUAUCAUAUGUAUUUGCAUAUCUCAUUUCUCAAUUCAUUUUAGGCAUUAUAGGAACUUGCAUCAACAUCAUUUUGUAUAUCAAUUGCACAUGACAGUUGUCUUAUGGUUUCAUUAUUGUAACCCCAAGCUUUAGCUUUACACGUUUGACUUGAGUUCUAACAUUUUUCUACAGUUUCUUUAACUAAUCUUCGGUGUAUUUGUAGAUGGAGUUAAUUGUA